ACUCCCCUUGUCCUCUCUCUCUCGCACUUAUAAGCUCUUUAGUUGAUGGUCUCUCAGAUCUAACAGCAAUAAGCCAAUAACAGUCCGACCUCUCUCUCUCUGUCCCUCUGAACUUGAAACGCUGAAUAGCAAAAGAAACGACGUCAUUUCCGACUCAUAAUAAUUGGCAUUAAUGUUGAGAAUGGCGAGCUCCUUCCCGGAGGAGGUGCUGGAGCACGUUUUCUCCUUCAUUCACAGUGAUAAGGACCGGAACGCAAUAUCGUUGGUAUGCAAGUCCUGGUACGAGGUAGAGAGGUGGUGCCGGAGGAGGAUUUUCGUCGGGAACUGUUACGCCGUCAGUCCGCCAAUGGUGAUUAGGAGAUUUCCGGAGCUGAGAUCGGUUGAGCUCAAAGGGAAGCCGCACUUCGCGGACUUCAAUCUCGUCCCGGACGGUUGGGGUGGUUAUGUUUUCCCGUGGAUCGAGGCCAUGGCUAACGCAUACCCUUGGCUGGAGGAGAUCAGGUUGAAGAGAAUGGUGGUUACGGAUGAGACUUUGGAGCUGAUUGCUAAGUCCUUUAAGAAUUUCAAGGUCUUGGUGCUUUCAUCAUGUGAGGGUUUCUCUACUGAUGGACUUGCCGCCAUUGCUGCUAAUUGCAGGAAUCUGAAGGAGCUGGAUUUGCGGGAGAGUGAGGUGGAUGAUCCUAGUGGGCAUUGGUUGAGCCACUUCCCUGACUCUUUCGCAUCACUAGUGUCUCUUAAUAUUUCCUGCUUAGGGUCUGAGGUGAGUUUCUCAGCCCUGGAGCGCCUGGUGGGUCGGUGCCCCAAUUUGAGUACUCUACGGCUCAAUCGUGCUGUACCCCUCGACAAGCUUGCUAAUAUCCUUCGCAGGGCGCCCCAGCUGGUUGAGUUGGGCACGGGUGCUUACUCAGCUGAGCUGCGGCCGGAUGUCUUCUCAAGCCUAGCCGGGGCUUUUUCUGGGUGCAAGGAACUGAGAAGUUUAUCUGGAUUUUGGGAUGCGGUCCCAGGUUAUCUUCCAGCAAUUUAUCCUAUCUGCUCUAGCGUAACAUCAUUGAACUUGAGCUAUGCCACUGUCCAAAGCCCUGAUCUUAUUAAGCUUGUUAGUCAGUGUCAAAGUUUGCAGCGCCUAUGGGUUCUAGAUUACAUUGAGGAUGUUGGACUUGAAGCUCUUGCAUCAUUUUGCAAGGACCUGCGAGAAUUGAGGGUAUUCCCAUCUGAUCCAUUUGCCUUGGAACCAAAUGUAUCCUUGACAGAACAGGGCCUUGUCUCUGUUUCUGCUGGCUGCCCUAAGCUCCACUCUGUUUUGUACUUUUGCCGUCAAAUGACUAAUGAUGCAUUGGUAACAAUUGCCAAGAACCGUCCUAACAUGACUCGCUUUCGUCUUUGUAUUAUUGAACCAAGAACCCCUGAUUACAUAACCCUUCAGCCGUUAGAUGAUGGUUUUGGAGCUAUUGUUGAACACUGCAAGGACCUCCAGCGCCUUUCCUUGUCAGGUCUUCUCACUGAUCAUGUGUUUGAGUAUAUUGGAACCCAUGCCAAAAAGCUAGAGAUGCUAUCUGUAGCUUUUGCUGGAGAUAGUGAUCUGGGACUCCAUCAUGUACUGUCUGGGUGUGAAAACCUUCGCAAACUAGAGAUUCGAGAUUGCCCCUUUGGGGACAAGGCUCUUUUGGUCAAUGCUGCAAAGCUGGAGACAAUGCGAUCCCUUUGGAUGUCUUCUUGCUCAGUGAGUUUUGGAGCAUGUAAGCUGCUAGGUCAGAAGAUGCCUAGGCUUAAUGUUGAAGUUAUUGAUGAGAGGGGACCUCCAGAUUCAAGGCCAGAAAGUUGUCCUGUUGAGAAGCUUUACAUUUAUAGGACUAUUGCUGGGCCUCGAUUCGACAUGCCUGGUUUUGUUUGGACGAUGGAUGAAGAUUCUGCAUUGAGGCUUUCUUGACAGAUCUCUAAUCUCUUCCACUUCACCAUGCUUCUUGCCUGUGUUGAAUAUAUACAACAGGUACAUGCUCCAAAUGCUUCUCAUUGUUGCACAUUUAAUUUUCUUGUAGCUUGAUAUAAUUGCAGCCUGAUUGGUCUGGAAAUGAGGAAAUGGAGGGGGUAUACUGAGGCGUGAGAGCUCAAUUGUCAUCCCAUUUUAAACUUUGGCCGAGCUAUUGGUUACCAGUUGAUGAUUAAUAAAGAGAUGGACGCUUGUAUUGUUGUAGUAUGUAAUCAGAUUUAUUUAAUUCAAGAUAGUUGCUAUGCAUAUCUGCAGACUGGAAUGCUAAUUAAUGUGUUUAAUUUUACGAUUUUGGGAUUAAAAAAAAAAAUUUCUGGACUCAAUUAUGACUCUUUCAGACUCUGAGAGGAAUAAAGCUCAAUUCAUGUGCACAUAUGAAGUGAUAUUACUUGCAAUGUUUGAGGCAUUUUGAAUUAUUACCACUGCUAUUUUAUCAUCAUUGGAAGAUUUUAUUCUCUGCCCCUAAAAUGUAUUUAUUUAUUUUAUCUUUUCAAAAAAUAAAGUACAGAGACUGGCUCAGCUCUGAAUUUACAAAGUGAGGUUAUGACUUUAUAUGCUAUCAUGCAGUUCUCUUUGGUAAGGUCAUAGUCGUAAUUAUUUAUCUGAUAAGGCAUAUGCCAGACUCCAGGUCUUUAAUCAUGAAUAGAGGACAAUGCUUUGCUUCUGAAAAUCAAAAUUUCUGUGCCGGCAGGUGAAAUCUAGGUUUAUAGGUUAGUUUGAGACAGGUUCCUUGUUGUUUUGAAGGGCAAACAUAUUGCACGUUAAAGAAGCUAUGUCUUGGGAUGGGCAGAACCCCAUUCACAUUAAUAUGUUCUCUUGUAGGAUGUGGGGAUCUGUUAUCUAGGCGAAGCUUGGUUAUGUUUUUGUACAAGUGUGUUCUUGUGUUUCUCUUGGAUUUUUUAACUAAACUGUUGGGAAGUGGGAUUUAAUAAAAUUUCCAAGAGUGAGGAUCGAGGUUGUGCUUCCUUUCUUAUAUGCGGUUGAUUUGUAAAUUGGGAUGAGCAGUUGUGAUCAGGAACAGAAUUUUCUUCCCCUCGAAAGGGUAGUUGUUCAUUGAAAUACAGAGAAAAUACAAGGCCUUAGGCCCAGAAAUAAAAUAAAGAGAUAGCCCACCGAGUCAUAAAUAAUAAAGGCCCAAAGCCCCAAAAGAAUCUUAAUUUAGAUGGAUCCUCCGAUCUGCAAAGGAUAUUUCCAUACACCAAGCAUCCAAGUUCUUUAUCCAGAUCGCCCAAACUCAGAUAACCCUCCUUCUUUAAAGUUUGCAAAAAGGUGUAGAGAGCUCUAUUUGCUGAUAUGUUGUUCUUAGAUGUUUCAUGCAUGCUUUGAGAUCUCCUCAUCCAUCUCUAGAAGUCGGAUCAUCAACGGUCAUGUGCUUCUCUUCAGUAGGGUGCUGCUGCUAUGGUGCGGUUUCCGGAAUAAGAACAAGCAAAAUGAAGAGAAUUUCCUCCCUCUAAAAAUUUAAGGAGAGAUUUUUGUCUGAUAUCAAAGCUAAAAAGAAAAAUUUUGUGUGCACUAAGAUAAUGGGCACAUCUAAUUUUCACUCCCAAUUCUCAAUUAAUAAAAUUUUCAUUUGUGUCUCUUAAAUUUAAUUUGUUACAAUAAAUUGGCUUCAUAUCAAUUUUAACCUUAUACUUGUUGAAAAAGUUCAAUUUAAUUAUAUUUAGCUUUUUUUUUUUCAAAUUAGCUCAAAGUUUUAAUUUAAACUCAAUUUAACUCAAAAAUCAAUAAAAUCAAUAUAUUAAGCUUCAUGAUUUUUUAACUAAAUUAAGAAAUUUAGUCCAAAAUAAAGAAUAAAAAUCAAGAAAUUUAGUCUAAAAUUUUGAUUUUUAGUUGAAUUGAAAAUUUUAGAUUAAUAGGGCAUUCAAAGGUUAUCCUUCCCAACAUUUUUAUUGGUUGAUGAUGAGCACACGUUUGAUCCAUUUAUUGUCCAUCAUUCUCUUUCUCAGUUAUUAUUAUUCUCUAAAGCUGAUUUUUUCAAUUAUUUUUUUACAACUUUUUUACUGCCAUGAUGAGGCACAGUAACUGAAUCAAUACAAUUACACAAUUACAUUUACUUAGACAGUAAUAGCUAAAUGGGGACCACAUCUUGUAUGGUGUAAUAAUACUUGUUAAAAAAAAAAACAACCUGAGUGACCCUUUCAUUAAGGGAAUCAAAUCAAUAAUAUGCUCUCAAUCAUUCUGUUACUCUGCACUUCAUCAACAUCUUUUUUUUCCCCCUGUUCUAAUUAUUCAAUUCAGCCGGGUUUUUAAAGGGAGUUAGAGAGAUGGUUUCUUAGUUUUUUGUGAAUUUUUGUUGUCACUUUUAUUUCUAUCCUAUCAGUAGAGUGGCUCUCUCCGCUUUGUCCACAAAUAAAUUUUACACUUUUUAUUUGGAUCAGAUUAUAUAUAUAAUAAUUCGGUGACUUAGUAAUGAGUUAUCGAGAGUAGUAAUAGAACUAUAAUGGGAUAGAUCCAUCUCAAAAGGGUAAAAAAAGAGUUCAAACAUAGUUAAUGAAUAAAAUUAGUUUAUGCGAAAAUUUAAAAUAAAAAAAAGAAGACAUGACCACAACUGAUUCUCUCAAAAUACACACCAAAUCAAUUUUCUAAAUUGCAUUUAAUGUGAAAUACUCUGGAACACACUAUUUACUAUAAAAAACUCUAAUCGAGAAAACAGACAAAAACAUCAUGGAGAAUACACCUCAAUAAAAAAAAAAUUAAAAAAAAUAUAUAUCCCAACGCAUAAAAAACUUUAUUGAAACCUUUUACGGUUUUAUAUAUAUAUAUAUAUUUAUUUAUUAUUUUUGAAUUUUUGACAAGUUGGUGUUCUUUGUAUAGGAGAUGAUUUCAACAUUGCCUUGAUGGUAUUUGUUUUGCUAUACUCGUUUGUGGCUUUUUAGAUUUUUAUUCCUUCAAUUCAUGUUUCAAGUGGUGGAGAGGGGAGAUGGCUUGCAUGGCUACGACAAUGAAUCUCUUUCCCCUUCUCACUAGUGUUAAUCUUUUGAAGGCAAUUCUAGCAACUCUAACAGUGGCAACAAGAUGUAAUUGUGGAAAUUUUCUUUCACUUGUUAGUUAGUGUCAAGUUUCUUCAUUAUUUCUCAAUCUAGUUGCAUGUAUAGCGAUUGUUUGCUCCCUAUUCUUCAAUCUGAUAGUAAGACUACUAGCUAUUAUUAAGAGAGCUAAACCCUUAUCUAGUUGAUUAGAAGCGGUGGUGGCUGGUCUAUUAAAAUAGCGGUGCCUUUUCAAAAAUUUAACCCAGUCAAGAAAUUGGUAGUUUUGGUUUGAACCUUUAGAUUUAAGACUUCAGUGGAUUGAUUUAAUUUUUGAUCUUAAUGACCCAUGUUAUGUUUUCGUUAGUUCUGCUUUUAGUGGUCCUUGAACUUGUAUGGUUGUAAUGGGUUUCAUCAUAUAAUGAACCUCAACUUUUGAGGAAAAAAACAAAAAAUCAAUUCAACUCUAAAAUGUUUUCAGCUACAUGGGGUUAAAAGAGUAGUCUCAGAUCCCCUUGCAGGCUUAAUUGAGCUACAGAAGAGAAGGCCUUGGCCCAACCUAAGUGUGCAUGUCCAGUCUCCAGCAGCCCCUACUGUUAAGAAGCUUCAAUUCUACGCAGGGGAUUGUCAUCAGCUUUCACCAAGUCAUUGCGUAUUUAAUCGUGGGUUGAUUUUUCCAGACGACCAAACAGAAAGCGAAGUGAUGAGAUUUCAACUGUGGGCUUGACUAAGCCAAGUUAUAAAAUUACAAAACCAUCAUGUUCAUGUGGAACAUUUCGAAGGAAGAAAAAGGAAAUCGAGGAGAAAAGCAAACAAAUAGAGGCGUUACCAGUGAUGGGAAAAUUGGUUUGCUCUGAGGUGAGCGAAGUUGAAGGUGUGGACCUCACCGGACUUUUGAUGGCGCUUGUUAUUGCUCUCGUUCUCAUGGUCAUCUGCAAUCCACCUCCUCGCCGGACUUACGUCAUGCAUCGCCUCGCUUAAUUUAGGUUUUUCUUUAAGUUUUUUUUUUUUUUGUUAAAUUACCCUGUUCCAUCUGAAGUCCUGUGUUCAUGUCAUGUGUAGCCCUGCACUUCUUUCUUCUUCUUCUUCUUCUUGUUUGAGGACGUUGUAUUAUUGCUCUCGCUAUUGAUAAUUAAUCGAUGGUAUUUAUAGAAUUCAGACGUUGUCCA